AUGGACGCUGUGAAGAGAAUGGUGGGCUACGCCAACCCCGCUCCCGGCGAAGAAGGAGGCUCUGACGAACAUCCCAGCUGCCAAGAGUUGCAGACUCAAGUGCAGGCUUCGAACUCCAUUGUCGAGCACCAGAAGUAUGGCUUGGGGUUCUGCACAGUGUUGAGUUUUGCAAAUCGCACUACCAGCUUCUACAAGGCCCUGCACGACAUCGCGCAUUACCUGCCGCCUGAAGGCAAGUCCUCCGUCGAAGCCAUGCAGAUGGUCACCGCGCAGCGCAAGUGGAUGUUCGACGUGGGCUGUGCCGUGGGUCAGGUGGUGGGCACCUUCUACCAGCUGGAGAAGAACACCUUGAUGGAGCUGCAGGUGAUGUGGGAGACAGGACAAGGGAACUUGAGCGUGAAGGGCAUGAAGAAGAACUUCAGGGCCACCACCAAGAAUCUGAAGAUGCUGACUGAGUACCGCGUAUCGGCGCAGAAGAAGAUCGAGGAGUGCAAGAGCUUCGCUAACCAAAUGGUGAAAUGGCAUGGGCAGGAGCAGAAGAUGCAGCAUGCCGUCAUGGAGCUCUUGGGUCAGUUCGGCGGCUCAGCGCAGUGUGAAUCCUUGCUGGCGGAGUUGGACAAGCGCAGCGGGGAGCUCACUGCGGCCCAGGCAGAGGAGAUGAAGGCAGCGGAGGCAGUGGCCGAGCUCAGCGGGAAGAGGGAGGAGCUCCACUGCAAGAAGCUGGUUUAUGAAAGCAUCGCCGCAAAUGAGAAGGGCUCGUUGUCUUUGUUGCAGGAGCGUGCCGCCGAGGUCGAUAGGAUGGCUUCCCAGAAGACGGUCGAGGCAGCCGAGACCAUGAACAUCGAGUACAUGAAGAGGAGCUGGCGCGGCGGUCGGUGGUACACAGACUGGGUAGACAACAGGGGCGACGUGGCCAAGUGGCGUGCAGAGCGCUUCAAGAGCAUUGCCAAAGCCGCCCGACAGGACUUGGGCAGUCAGAAGCAGAAUCUGCAGACUGCGACGGAGGAGGCAGCGGCUGCAAAGGGCGAGUUUAUCAAGGUAGAGGGGCAGCUGAACCUGGCAAGGGAGACGCUGGCGCACGCAGCCCAGAAGACGCGCUGCGCCAGGCAGAGCCUUGCCGAGCUGAAGACGCAGUGCCAGGAGUUGCGGGACAAGUUCGGAGGCUUGGACCUUCAGCAGAUUGGCUCCUUGCGGGAUCACAUGCAACGGUUUCCAGAGUUGCUGGGCGCGCAGGGCAUGGAGGACCAUGGCAUGUUCGCAUCCAUGGAAGGUGCCUUGAAACAACAUGAGCGGCUGGUGAACCGCAUGGAGGAGUUCUUGAGUGAGGAGGACGACCAAGAGUGCAGCCGGAUCUUGGAGAGCUUGCGCUCGACAAUCUGCAAGGCCAUCGACGAUGCGCAGUUCUUCGAUGAGCAGCUCAAGCCCCUGCAGGAUGAAAUCGUGACCAAAAUGAAGGCCCUGCCUCCUCCCGAUACGGACUGGGCGCCGUGCCCGACCCCGGCGGCCAGGGCCCCUCAGCAGGAAGUGGCCGCGACGCCAUCCGAUCACUGCGAAGCCCAGGAUGAUUGGAAGGUGGUGACCCUGUCUGAGGAGGACAUGGACACACUUUGGUGA